AUGACUUUCUGUUAUGUGCUGCUGCCGCAGCUGAAUGUCGUCUCUCAUUUGAGUGAUGAGCGAGCUUCUUGGAUAGCAUCUAUCAAUGGUAUAGCAUUACCUAUAGGUCUUCUGGUCACCACACCGAUUAUGAACAAAUACGGCCGAAAACAUACCAACCUAAUCCGAGCGGUACUCACCACAGUCGCCUGGACUUGCCUUUCUCUCACUACCGAUUAUUACGUCAUUCUAUUCUGCAGAUUUCUUCAAGGCAUCUGUCUCGGUUGCGCAGCUAUCCUUGUCCCUGUUUUGCUCGGGGAAUACACCAGUCCAAAUUCAGUUAAUGUGAUUCUUGUUAUAUUUUCCCCUGAAUCUCCAAGCUUUUUGGCUAAGAAAGGAAACUUUAAUGAAUGUACACGUGCAUUCAAUUGGCUGAGAUAUCCAAAUGAAGUACAAGAAUUGGAGAAAAUGAUACAAACUCAAAUGACAGCUGUCAAUCGGAAGAAAGAAGCAAAUGUUCAUGACGCGUUUACAAAGUACAUUUACGAACGAGUGAUAGGUGACAUGAAUAUUUCACUUCUAAUAUCAACCGACAUACUGCGAACUUUGUCGGCUCUUUGCGCUAUGUUUAUUACGGAGUCGCUAGCGACACCUGAUGUAAUCCCGGCCGAUAUCGGCCACGGCAACUGUCUUUAA